AUGGCUAGUAAAUUUAUCACAGCUUAUGGUAAUCGUGGACAUGUUAAAGGUGCAAUCUUUUGGUUCCACAAAGCGAAAACGAUUGCAAACGGCAACUGCUUGUUUUCAUGUAAUGCCAUUCUGAAUGUGUUGGUGACAGCUAAUCGGAUUAGCUUGGCCCAGUCAUUUUUUGACGAGAUUGUGAAUGAUGCUGUGGUGAAGACGGAUGUGUCUACUUAUUCAAUAAUGAUUAGAGGGUACUGCAAAACAGGUAUGAUUGAGAAUGCGAGGAAGGUGUUUGAUGAAAUGGGGUGUGAGCCAAAUGUGGUUAGUUAUAAUACUAUGAUUAAUGGUUAUUGUAAGAAGGGCGAUAUGGACAAAGCGAUUACUAUAUUUUAUCGACUCCUUGAGAGUCAGGAUUGUUUGCCGGAUACGGUUACUUAUACCACUAUUAUUGAUGGGUACUGUAAAAAAGGUGAGUUUGACAAGGCAAUGAAGUGGAUGGAUGAGAUGAAGCUUCGGUGUUGCAAGCCAAAUCUGUUAACUUACAAUGCGAUAAUUUAUGGCUUGUGUUUGAGAGGAAAUGUUGACGAGGCCAAGAAGUUGAUGACACAGAUGAGAUUAAAUGGAUUGAAAGAAAAUCUUGCGACUCAUAUGAGCAUGUUAAAGGGCCUUUGCUAUGCUGGAAGGUCAGAUGAAGCUGUUAACUAUUUUAAGGAGAUCAUUAGAAAGGGAAUGAAACCUGAUGCAAAAGCAUAUGGAAUUGUUGUUAAUGAGUAUUGCAAAAUGAGGAUACCAAAUAAGGCAAUUUCCCUUUUGAAGGAAAUGCAGUCUAAAGGCAUCAAUCCAAGCGUUGGAAGUUUCAAUGUGGUGUUGAGGACUCUUAUGGAGUCUGGGGAGCUUGAUAUGGCAAUUUUUCUUCUGAAGCAGAUGCGAGGAAUGGGUUGCAAGCCAAAUUUCAUCUCAUACAGCAUGGUGAUUGGUGGCCUUUGUAGGGCCAAUGGUAGAAUGCAAGAUGUGGAAGAGAUUCUUAAGGACAUGCUUCGUAAUGGCAUUGCCAUUGGUGCAACAAUGUGCAGUUCCUUAGUUAUGGGAUAUUGUGAGGAUGGAAAUGAGCAAAUGGCAAAACAGGUUUUUUAUGAAACAAUUGAUAAGAACUAUGUAAUAAGUCCAGAGAGCUUUUCAAUUUUCGUCAAGCAGUUGUGCGAAAUGGGGAAAGCUGUUGAGGUCCAGAAAAUAUUCAAGGAGAUGUGUGAGAGGUGUUCUAUAGUUGAUGUAGACAGUUACUGGAGGAUUCUAGAUGAGCAAUUAGUUAAACAUAUGACAAAGGGUGGAGAGGAAGUUGAUACAACCAAGCAAUGA